GACCACUAAUUGGAUUUUAUUUUAAAAAAAAUAACCGUUUAUCAUCCCCUUCACUUUGAAUCCAGAGUGCCCUGUUCACUUUGGGUGUUGGUAACAGUAAGUUCCGGAUCUCCUCUACAGCUGACUCUCUUUCGUUGAUACCUAAUCACUGAUUUAUUGAAUCUUCACUUUCAGGUUAUGCAGAUAAAGGUAUCAGUGAUAACAGUAUGAUUUAAAAUUACUAGUGAUCUUCUUUCAUUUUGCAGAUAGGAGACAUUGUUUAUGCCCGAUUAAGUGUUGCCAACAAAGACAUGGAGCCGGAGUUGGACUGUACGGAUGGCAGUGGAAAAAGCAUGGGGCUAGGACCAUUAAAUGGUGGAUUUAUGAUCACGUGCUCCCUUGGCCUUUCAAGAAAGUAAGCACGCUUCAUAACUGCUUGGGAAUUUUAAAUAGCUCCUUCUAGGGGUAUAGCCUGUGCCAAAGACAGAACUAAAUUUCAGGUCCUGAUAGCUCAAAAGUUGGAUAGCGCUAUUCACUGGGUCUCAGUUGCUCAAAAGCUGAUUUUUUAGUGCUAUCCUUUGGAUAAAUUACUAUCCAGUGGAUAGCAUAAAAAGGAUGCUAAUUAUUGAUUUCCGUAAUACUUUUCCGCUGGAUAGUGAUUUAUCCGGUGGAUAGCAUUAUCCAGCUUUUGAACAACUGGGGCCAGACAAAUAAUAUUUCUAUGCAGUGGAUAUAUUAAGUACUGUAUUAAUUUUAUUCGAAUAAGCGCCCAACCUCGAAUUAGCGCCCACCUCGAAUAAGCGCCCAUCCUAAAGGCAGAAAAAGUUAAUAAGCGCCCAGCCUCGAAUAAGCGCCCGCCCCACCACACCUUCCUCCCCCUCCCACUCGAACUCAAAUUAGCGACCACCCCUAAAAUUGAAUAAAUACUAAUAAGAGACUUCCCCGAAGAUGGAGUUUUCUUCCUAGUAUUUUACAGGAACCUUGCUUUGUUACAUCUUCGCGUUCUGUUAUUACCAUUUAUUGUUUUGUUGGAAAAUACACAUACUACACUUGCUGACAAUGUUGAAAAUUUAAUAAGCACCCAGCCUCGAAUUAGCGCCCACCUCGAAUAAGCGCCCACUCUCAAGGUCCAAAAAUUUAAUAAGCGCCCAGGGCGGUUAAUCGAAUAAAUACAGUAUUUCAAUAUCCAAUGGUACUUUCCACUGGAUAGUAUUUUAUCCCAUGGAUAGCACUAUACUCACCUUUUCAACAACUAAGGCCUGGUUAAGUCAGUCUGCAAAACAGCACUAAAAUCCUUUUUUCUGGCCCCUCACUUGUGUACCAGGAUUUUAAUACACACCAUGACUGGCCUGUUUAAAAAUGUCAUUGUUGACUUGCCAAUCAGGUUGAAGGGAAAUUCAAAACACAUUUCUCGUAAUUAGUUGAGACUGUAUUGGGCUCACGCAGGGAACUAGGGGGUAUGCUAAAUUUCUCCUCGAGCCAUGGGCCCUUCUCCUGAUAACACCCCUACUUAAUCUAUAAAGGUUAUGAAAAGUGACAAAAUGAUCACCAGUGAUAAAAAGAAAAAUUUAUAUUGAUGUUUGGUAUUGAUUUUCAUUUGUCAUAUUCCCCUUUUCAGACUCCUCAGUAAAGAAUUUGUUCUUUUAAAAUGCCUUGGAAAGUACUUUCCAUUUGAAUGUACAGUGGGACAGAAUGGAAGAGUGUGGAUUAAUUCAUCAUCAACCUCUCACACCAUUACCAUUGCUAAUGCAAUUACAAACUCUGAAUACAUGACUAAUGAUCAAAUACAGACAAUGGUUAAACAACUUAUGAGAGGUGUACAGGCUUAGGUAGUAUUCUAGGGAAUACAGACUCUUAAUCCUUGGUUCACUUCUUUGUCCUGAUUACUAAGGCUGGCUGGAUGUUAACCAAGUCCUUUUUUUACUGGUACAUUUUUAUGGACUACAAUCAAGUUGAGGUCCAAAAUGUAGUAAAAAGGAUCAGCCAGCUUGACCUAACCAAGGAUUUAUCAUGGGGCCAAAAUAAAAUCUUUCCUUGUGGGACGAAGUGGGUGUAAAAAUCCAGCACAACAUGUACUGUAUAGCUCAUGUCUUAUUUAUAUUAUAAAUUGAUGUAGUCAUGAUGUUGUCUGAAAGUAACUAUGUCCUUU